CAACAAAGCAAAGCUUCUCUGAGAGAGAUAGAGAAAAUGGCGAUGGCGAUGCUCCGAUCUGGUGCCAUCCGAACCGCCCUGCGUGGCGGCUCUCGCUUCUCCGCUCCACCCAAGCGCUCCUUCUCUUCCUCGGCCGGCCACGACGAUGCUUACGAGACGGCGAAAUGGGAGAAGAUCACAUACUUGGGCAUUGUUUCGUGCACCGGGCUAGCUGUUUACAUCCUGUCAAAGGGCCAUCAUCACUACGACACACCUCCUGCGUACCCGUAUUUGCACAUCCGCAACAAGGAGUUCCCGUGGGGUCCUGAUGGCCUAUUUGAAAAUAAGAAUGAAGACCACCAUUGAGCUGAAUCGUAGCACAAUUAUUUUGAAUAAUUUUAUUUCAUCUUUUUUCAUGUCAAAACGAAGUUGAGCGGUCUCUCUUGGAUAUUUGUUGGAUAUCUAUGCCAUCACUCUAAACCUUUUGUCAAGUUCAGUCUCUUGUUUGUAAUCAUUGGCACACAAAAUAAGAUGAUUCCUUGGGUACUCUACUUCAGUUGACUAUUAUAUCA